CCUUCCAAACUCUGAGGGUAGUUUGAAUAACCGUUUUUAGUAUUUCUUAACUUUUUGUUUUCACAAUAAAAAAUUAUACAAAUAAAUUCGGAGUUCACAUUAAAAUUUGAAUAGAUAUUACAAAUUAGAGUAAUAUACUCACGAAAGCAACAUCACAUUCCAACAUGGCCGUCUUACAUCAGAAAGCUCAGAGCGUGUCCGACCCUCCCUUAUAAUAAAAUUUGUAAUCUGUGUUUAAGCAGUGAUGUCAAAACUUGCAAAAAUGGCGGAACAGAAUGACGGGAGUCAACUACCACCUGGUUGGGAAUGUAGAUACGAUACCCGAAGUGGUCGUCCAUACUUCAUAAAUCAUUUCACUAAAACUACGACAUGGGAGGAUCCAAGAGUGAGAUAUUGGCAGUACGCACAAUAUGUGCAAGCUCAAAACUCACUUCCAAAUUCAGCAAACACUACGGAAUCCAUUCCAAUGCAGAGUGGAGGAAGUGGCAGUGGUGGAUAUUUAGUAUACACUGGAGCAUACAGAGCUCCACAAGUGUAUCCAACAAUGUCACCAUAUCAUAAUCCACAACCUGCAUUCUUACCCCCAAGUUCGCAGGAGUUGAAGACUCCUAUAUCAGGAAGAUCAAUUAGCGCAAUGACAAAUCGGUUUGGUGAGAUGACAGUAGGGUCACCAACACCUGUCAGAAAUAUUGAGACAAGUUUAACACAGAAUUCAGACGUCGAGUUACAAGUGGCCAAAAUCAAUGCGAUGUUUCCUACAGUUUCGGAUACCCACAUAAGGCUGCUGUUAAAAAAAUACCAUAACAGAGCAGCCGUGGUCAUGAGUGCUCUCCAAGUGGAGAAACAUCCUCUUUGCGAACCAGGUCCGUGUACACCCGUGGGAGUGCACUCAAACUAUGCGAUUCCACGAUGGCGACUACCGGGCUACGCAAUACACGCACCUCUUACGUUGAGUCCACCUCGAGGGGUUCGACCGCCCCCAAACUCCCCAAAAAUAAAACUUAGGUACCUGAAAAACAUAUUUCCAAAAGUCGACGAGACUAUACUACUUGAUAUAUUGGAGCAAAGUGAUAACAACGUCCAAAAAGCGUCUGAAAAGUUAAUCGACCUUGGCUAUGAGAAACGCAAUCCCACCGCGCCAGUUCGAUCAUCGAUUAAGAAAAAAGAAGAAGAAGAGCGGGCCAAAAGAGAACGUGCGGUGCCGACGCCUCCUCCGCGUAUGAAAAGUUUGGAAGAGAAAAACAAAAUGAAGGCACGGCUGAUGGAGAAGUACAAGUCUGUACCAGACAGAGUAAUUGUCCUAGCCAUGGACAGUGUUGAUUAUGAUGAAGAAAGGGCAGCACAUAUUUUAGACAUUAUGGUGUCCGAGGAGGCUAAUAGAAUACCACCUACAUCUAGUGGCCACAGUAGAAGAGGGGACGAUCGUAAUGGAAGUCCUCCAGUGACAGAAGCUCUGAAAUUGACAGCAUCGCCAAUUAAGAAAAUCAUCAAGGAUGACACAGAGAAAUCCAAACGUCCAAAAAAUAAGAACGAGAUACCAAAAGUAUCCAGAGGUACCAGCACUACUGAAGACAAACAGUACAAAUCAUCUUAUCUGACAAAACCACUUGGAGCUAAUCCUGACCUGCCCAGUGGACCUAACAACAAUUUGCUCCUGCCAGAUUAUGCUCCAUGGGCAGGACCAGAUCCAAAUCUAUUGACAAAAAAGACGUUUACUAAUACAGCUGUUGGCCAUGAUCCAUCAUUGGUUUCUGGUAGCCGUACUCUUGCCAGUGGACCUAAUCCGUUAUUACGCAAGGGAUCAAUGAGAGGAUUAGCACAGGGUUCCAUUUACUCUCAGCGAAAUGCAUCUAAUUCAGAGAGCCGUGGCAAAUGAAACAUAUUCAAUUGUUUCUUUUGAACGUGUUUAUGGGACAAGGUUCGUAAACACUUUACGUUAUAAAUUUAAUUUUUUACAGUUGCUUUUUUUCGGGGAUGACCUGUAUCGGUUUUAAUUGACGACUCCCUCUAUUACUAUAAAUUCAUUAUUUAGACUCGUUCUCGGUCGCUAUUAAAAACACUAAGGAGGUAACACGUAUUAUAUGUUGUUUUGUGAAGCAUAACUCACAAAUAUAAUGAUAAUUUUGUUGAUAAUUCACAAGUAUAAUUUUGUUUGUUGGAAUAUCUUUUUUUGUUUACACAUUUUAGCAGAUUUAUAUUUUUCGUUAUCCACCCUAAUUUGUUGAUAGAAUUAGUUGAUCUUUUAUUUUAUCGUUAACGGUGAAUUUUUUUCGCCUUCUGUUAUACUAUUUUUUAUAAUAUUUUCUCAAUGUCAUUUUUUUCUUAUUCUCAAGAGCAAGUCUCGAGGACCUUUCGUUAACGUAUCUGUAAAAUAUUAUUUGUAGCCACACCUUGAUAACUGGGAAAUUAUUACAUUAGGACCCUUUAGAUAACAAGGUUACACAAAGCUUACAAUUUUAAGUUUUGGGUAUUGUGUACAUAAGGGUCCGUGUAUUAACAAAAUCAAUUGUAAGGCGUAGAGCGUGAAUAUUAAUUAAAAAAUAGAAACAGUAAUUCCUUUAGUACUGUAAAUUCUACCUAGAAAGAAUUCGUCUAUGAAUAUCCGUAUCCAACAUAAUAGCAUCGUUGACAAGUACUUGCCCCUUAACCACCUAUAUUUUUCACGUCAGUCAAAUUAUCGUGAGUAUCUCCCUCCAAGUAGCUAAUAUACACACCUAUACUACAUAAGCAUCAGAGUACACAAGUAGAGGCUUAUAAAUUGAAACACGAAUUUUGAAAAGAAUGGUAAAAAUUGCUACUUUUAUUUUUCACAUUAAAUUAUCCUAAUCAGAGAUCAAUCAGUUCUUUUCUCUGGGUUAAUUAAUUUAAUAGAUUUUGUGAUGAAAUGUUGUUACUCAUUGUUUUCUAGAAGUUAGAUCUGUUUUCGUUAUAUCCUUGUACCUUUCUCUUUAAUUUAAUUUUCAAUGCAACACUAAUAAUAUACCCAUUACCUUUGGCUACGUAAUUUUCUACAUGGAAGGUUUUGAACUUUAGGCAUUCAGCUUUGAAUUUAUUCUUUCAAAUCCUUUAUCAUUUCAUCGUGCAGUUUUUUAAAAUUGUAUAUUUGUCGAUGAUCGAUCAAUGAAGUUUAUAAAUGAUUGUAUUCCAUGAGACUAUGACUUACAGAGAAAAAUAAAAAAGGAAUACAUUUUUCUUAGACACCUCUUAUACUUAAUAUUUCAUAGUUUGAACAUUACUUUGUAUGUAAUAGUUUCAAGUUUAUCAUGACUACGAUGGCAUGAUGAUUGUACGUUAUCGAAGUUUUUCUUUGUCAGGUUAAUCAAGAUGUAUCAGUUAGGAUUGCGUAAUUGAAUGUGGUGUAUAUAAACAGAGAGCAUAUCGAGCAAAAUUUCAAAUGCCUGAUUAACUUUCCAGAACAUGGCUUGUUGCAAAAAAAAAAGAGAAACACAUCAAUUACGUUAUCUUAAGCUAAUACACGUCCAAUAUCUAUGUACGAUAAUAAACUGUUAUAAUUAACUCAUAAUAGAAAUAAGUGAGAACCAAUAGUUAUGCUAGGCAACGAAACCAAACCUUUCUUGUGCCCCAAGACAAGAAUUCCAAUCUUAGAGAACAAAAUCUUAUUACCGUUUCACUUAAUUAUUGCAUAAUCUUUGUCAACUAAAUAGAAAAUCAUAUAUCGAUUUUUGAAACAGGGAAAAUCGUAAUUGACAUUGUUUAAUAAUAAUUACCAAGAAGAAUCAUUUAGAAAAAAGAAGAAUUCUUUAUUCUAUUAGUCAGAUUAAGUGUCAGAAUUCAUGUUUUAAUUGUAAAGUCAGCCGUACCAUAAGAAACAAUUCAAAGAUCGUAAAAUCUAAAAGUAUAGCGUUUUUUAAUAUGAAAACAGUAAAGGAUUAAUGUCAUUAUUAAAUUUGCCCAAAGAUGAAAGUGUAUCAGUACAAGAGUCUUGUAAGAUAAAACAAAAUGUAAAAGGACAAUUGGCUGAGAACCAAAUACUCAUUUCUAUCGCAGCACUGCAUUAGAAUACACACACUAGCUCUUUAAUGUGCCAUAGUUAAGUCGAUGUACAGAAGUAUUUUCAUAGCUUCAUCCAAAAAAGGGGGAGAAAAUAAAAGAUAAUCCUGCCUUUAAAAAAACCUAAUAUGUGAAUACAUAAUUUAAUAACAGACGGGCUGUGGCUGAGAAGUUAACUGAGAGCGAUUUUUAUAGCUUUUUGACUUGCGAGGAAACUAGGAUGGAUAAAAUAAUAUAUUUUGUCUACAUUUUGAGUGCUGCUGCGUAAAUAGAAAGAAAGAAAAGAAACUGCUAGUUGUACACGAGUGAGUUCUUCCGCAUAAUAUUCAACGUAUAAGUUAAUACGAUCAAGCUUAACUGUCUAACAAAAAGAUAUAUAUAUAUAUAUAUAUAAUCUUGAAAGUAUCAAAACAUUGUCAAACAUGUGGCACGUCCAAGUAAAAAUAAUAUUCAGUAUGAAACUCAUCAAGAUCCUGUAAUUAAUGUAUAUAUAGAAAGAGAUUUAGAUGAUACAAAAACAAAGUCAAGAACUCAUUUUGUAUAUUUGUUAUUUGAUUUCAAAAAUUAAUAAAAGUAUGAAAAAUUCAAUGCAUUGCUAAACAACGUGGAAAGUGAUUUUGAGUAAAAGGCGUGGGAAAAUAUUGUCCAAGGAUUAUUAAAUUAAUUAACUUAAUGUCAUAUGCGGUUAAGAGCGUGUGAAAAGUUGCGUGCAGUAUGUGUUAGUCUUGUGAUGUCGACAAGUGAUUGUUAUCUCGUGGUAUUUGUUGAAAAGAAAUAAAUAUUUUUUGUCGUGUCAGCAGCUACGCAAUACUGAUGCAUUACGAAGCGAUAUUUUAAUUAAUUACCACUUGCAUCAGGUGACUUUGAACUAGCAUGACACCGACAUACAAAUAUAUGGAAUAAUAAGUUUUAAUUUGUGCACCGUGUAUUAUUCCUAGGGAUACAAUUAUUUUUAACAAACGUAUUGGAGUAGCAGAUUAUAUUUAGCUAUUAUAAUAAUAUUACAAACUGUUUGUCCAUAUAGCGAUCCGAAAACUGUACGUUUCAAUAUAUUUGCCUGAUCGUAUAAUCAAGUUCUGCUACAAAAUAUUCUAUUUCUAAUAAACCUUUGCUGUUCGAGUCAUUAAAUAAAAGAAUGUAUGAAACGAGUAUGGAAAGGAACAUGAAGUCUUACAUUCAGUAGCAAUAAAUAUUGAAUUCCAAAUGAAACAUAGGCAAGAUAUUGAAUAAGUUCAAGGGAAAUGUAUCUUAUUACUAUGCCAACACAUAUCUGUGCAAUAAAGUCGUCCAUAAUCAUGAUAA